AUGGUGUGCUACGACGGCGGGUACGCGGUGCACAUGGUGUUCGACGGCAGCAAGCUAGGGAUCGAGCCGCAGGCCGUCCAGAUCACCCCCGCUGUCUUCGACGACAGCAAGCUGGGGAUCGAGCCGUACGCCGUCAAGAUCACCCCCGCCGGCGACCUCCUCGUGCUGACUCCAUCAACAGCAACAUCUACAGGGUCCAGCUGCCGCUGUCACCAUGUGGAGUUACAAGUGUUUCGUAAGGAAUUGGAUAGAUCUGAAAGUUUUACUGUGUCAAUACCUGCACACACUGGUGGUGCAAUGCCUGCAUCUAGCUAUUUAGAUCAAAGCUUGACAGAAGAGAAGCAUCCUGAAUCUUGGAGCUCUUCACAGCAAGUGAUCUUUGACACAGAAGGUACCAGCUCCAGUGAGUCAUCCUUGCUUGGAACGGUUGCUUCUGAAAUGAAGCUUGAGGAACUGAACCAGAAAUCUGAAAGAUGUGAACCCGCUGUAGAAAAGGCUACUGUGGAACUGGAGCAUGGUAUAGACUGUGGUCAAGCUCCAGACCAAAAGUGUGAUCAUGCCCCAGCGAAAGCUGCAAAGGCUCCAAGCAAGUGCAGGGAGGCAGAUGAAACUGCAGAUACAAAUAAGGAAGCUUUUGGGUCUAGGCCUGGCAGUAUGAAGAAAACCAGGAGGAGGUUACAGCCAGCUGCAGCUAUGUUGCUUAGGGAAUUCACUGGAACUGACAUUGAUGCGGAUAACGAAAUGGAAGAAAGAUGCAGGUCAUCAUCCAGAUCUAGGGUGCCAACCGGGAGAUCAGAUGCACUUGUGCAACUUCUGAUGAAAGGCCAUCUAGGCGGUCCAGUCCGUAGAGCAUAG